AUGUUCCUCUGGCUGCUGGUCAUCACCUUUGCUGCAGCCCCUGAAGGUACCCUUUCCAACAUAAAAAUGGUGGCAUCUGGUCCCAAGGAGGGGAAAGUCUUCGGAUCAGUCCCACUCACCUGCACUGUAACAGGAGCACCUUUGGAUAGCCCUCUCUAUGACUGGAAUUAUGUCCGUCUGGCUCCAACAGGGGAGCUGCAAUUUCUAGCAUGGAUCUAUCCUUUUGGGAAUAACACAGGCUAUGCCCCACCUUUCCAAAGCCGAGCCACCAUCUCUGCAGAUAAAGCCAAAAAAAAGGUUUCCCUGCAGCUGCAUGCCCUUACAGCCAUAGACACAGCCACCUACUUCUGUGCCAGACAGCACACCAUAUAAUCAAUGGCUGUGGAAACAGACAAGCUUGUAUUUGGAAGUGGGAUCACUUUCUCAGUUGAACCAAACAGACAAGAAUAUUCUACACCAGAAGUCAUUGCACUUAAAUCAAAUGAACCCAAACAAUAUAGCAGCAAAUUUAACAUAGCUUGUUUGGCAAGGACAUUCUACCCUAAGAACAUCAGCCUUGAUGGGCCUGAGGGUCACAUUGUAUAUGAUCUGAAGGCACCUCUUGUCACAUCAGAGGGGAUGUACAGUACCUGGAAGGUAAUUGGAGUAACACCAGAUGCAGAGGGGACCUGCAAGGCUGUGCACAAGAGGAAUGAGACUGCAGCCAGCACAAUCCUGCCAGAAGAGAAAGCUGAAGAACUGGCGACAGUGAAUGCUUGCAACAUUACAGAUGCCUCUACAAAAGAUGUCAAAAUGGAAAAAAUGAAUAUGCUUUUCAUGGCUGUUUUGUGUUUGAGAGUCCUGCUGGCGAAAAGCAUUGCCUUCAGUACACUCAUGACUAUCAAGCUAUUCAUCUUUGAGGCUAGAUCAGAGCACCUCAGGUUACAUCAAAAAUCUUCUGCUGGCAGCUUCAAGUGGAGAAAGUCUGGAGAAAAGUCCAGACAAGUGAGGACUACAAAGGGAGAAUCCCCAAAUCCAACAAAUUUGAAAAAGGGGAAGGAAAAAAGUACUGGGUAA